GCAGCUCGCAAGCCUGCCGAACCCAAGAUGAGCACGCCUCCUCUAUCUGCUGCCGGAAGUGCAAACCAGCCUCUUUUCAUCCCCCACAGCGACGAGAGCUUAGAAGUAAUGAGAAUCAGUUCCCAAAGCGUGCAGCCGAGAACAACGGGCCUCUCCAAAAGGCGAGAAACAUCACCUCAGCCAGAAAGCAUGCCAUACUUCUUUUCCUCGUCUAGAGAAGCCAAGGGAAAACAGCCCGCGGUCAAGAGACGGAAACUCGAGAAAUUCGACUUCGUUGCUGUUCCUCCCAGACGUAGAUCUUCGAUCACGAUGACUCCAUCGGCUCAAAUUUCGGAAAAGAAGCAUGCCCCUUCGUCGCCCGUGCAAUCGGGGCUUGAAGAUCUAUCGGGAUUCUCCUCCGACUCGUCAUUGACUAGUCUUUCUUCUAACGGUGACUCUCCUUCAAGCUCCCGUCCCCGCCCUGCUCCUCGCCUUCGAACGCAAGUCACGUACACGACCAGAAGGAAUAGACCGUCUCUGAUCCCGCCUGCAAACGUCCCUCCUUCGUGGGAGCCUUCCUUCGAUCUGCCCUUUCCACCGGUCGAGGUGGACGAUGGGAGAGACCCGUCCUAUGUACCAUCGAGGCGGACAUUUUCUGGCCCGACUGCGUCCCCAAAACGCCCUUCACGGAGGCAAAAUGCCCCUCGCGAGGAAAAGUCGAAUCUGAAACAACCGACACCAUCGAAACCACUGAGCCCAGUGCGCCCAGUCACGAUCAGCGAUAAGCCGCCUGCAAGUCGCUCUCACCCAGACCCAGGUACACAACAGCGUCCGCCGGAGCCCCUUCCCCUGCGACGCGUAAGCCUACUUCUAUCUCCCCCAUCUCCCGUCGCGGCAUCCAACGAUCGCUUGGCCGGUCUGACGCGCUUCCUCGUCCACAUUGCCGACCCAACCCUUCUUCAACCGACUGUCAACCGUCACCGCCUGGCCGAGUUAUACGGCGGGAACGCGACGCGGAUGUGUGUCACGACGAGCGGGCGCAACUUCCUCUUCCCGACGCUCAAGUAGAAUCCGCGGCUCCCCUCGAAUGUCGGCAUGCAGGGAUUGCUGCUGCGCGCGAACGAGGAGAUCGAGUGGAUGGGCGACGUCCAGACGGUGUUCGUCGGGCUGAAGGGCUCGCAUUACAAGUACAUGGGGGAGUAUAGACUGACACUCGGGGAGCGACUGUCGGCUGAAGAGUAUAGGGCUCUCUUGCCCUCGCUGCGAAGCAAAUGGGCCAAUGGCAUCGCCUCUAAGUCAAAAUACAAGGACAUCCGCGUCCGCAUUUGGACACGGCGCACUCAUGACGGUGAGGCGACAGCGGAGGAGGUCGCUGUCACACUCGCAGAUAAAGAUGAGAAAUGCGAAGUCGCCGUAGAGGACAUGAUGAGUGCGUACGAGAGUGGGCAAGAGCGAAUGCUUGUAUGGCGUAUGCAAUGUGUCGCGUUCGACGAGGCAUUCCUAGCCGAUCUCGUUAGUAGGUUGUGACUCGAGCUGGGUCGAGAGGAUCUGUCGUUUAUCGUUGUAAGAUGUGUAUCAGUCU